AUGAAAUACGAUGUUUUUUCUACAGCUCUGUCAAGUCGAGGUUGUGUGUCGUACGUGGAAGCUGACGCACAGGCCAUGUCCGCUUCGGGCCGAGCAUGUGAAAAGGUCGGUUGCCGGCUUGUGACACGAUAUUUCGAACUGCAUUCGCACUACAGUUUAACCCAGCGAAGUGCCAUUCACUGUAUCUACGAUAUCCUCCAUGCCCUCGAUCGUGAUUCCACAAUGACGUCCCUCGUCGUGGUACAAGAUCAUCGCGACUCUCUGGGGAUGACCGGGAAGGCCUGCCUUUCGUACUACAUUGAAAGCAGAUUCUUGGCGCUCAAGAUUCAGACCACCGAACACAUCGAGAAACCUGUUCCGACCUCUUGGAGACAAAGGCGUAUCCGACGCAUAGCAAGCUUUUAUCUAGAGGAGACACAAGGAAAUAAGAGGCGGUGA